AUGCAUCACACGCUGUUCCCCCUCUUCUUUCUGGCAGCGAGCCUCCUGCCCGGCUCUGCCUUAGCCCACUGGACAUACACCAACCUCAUUGUGGAAGGUGAGGUGAUCGGCGAGCCCUACCAAUAUGUCCGCCAAAGCAACAUCUCCAACGCACCCCUGCAAAUUGUCAACAGCACAUACAUGCGCUGCAACUCAGGCGGCGCGUCCGGCACAGCCCUAGGCACCGAGACCUUGACAGUUCAAGCCGGCGCCGAGCUUGGGUUCAAGAUCGCCUCAACAUUCGGCCACCCGGGCGUGCAGCAGGUGUACAUCUCCCGCGUCCCGGACGGCUUCUCAGCGGCAGACUACGACGGCUCAGGUGACUGGGCGAAGAUUUACGCGGCGAGCUACAAGCUCGCCCCGAACUCGACUAGCACCUCCCCGGAGCCGGCGAUAGACCCCAAUAACGGCAUCAUCUGGGCAACGGCCAAAAUUCACAGCUUCCGCUUCCCUCUUCCCGCGUCACUGCCCUCAGGCGAGUACCUCAUCCGUGCUGAGGGACUCGCCCUUCAUGCGGCACACAAGCUGAAUAAUGCGCAAUUCUAUGUCGGUUGUGCCCAAGUUCUUGUGGAAUCUGAGGACGGGACGGGCGUGCCGGGUCCGCUUGCCAAAUUCCCCGGGGCGUAUGUAAAUACAUCUCCUGGGGUGUUGAUUCCGGAUUUUUGGACCAAGAUUAGUAAUUACACCAUGCCAGGUCCAGAGUUGUGGCCAGAGGGGACGGAAGAGCAGCAUGUGGUGAAGACGUUGGAUGGCGAGGUUCCCUAA